AUGGACGUGAAGAAUGCAUUUCUACAUGGAGAGCUCGACAGAGAAAUAUACAUGGUCCAACCUGCAGGGUUCGAGGAUAGGGAGAAUCCAGGCUACGUGUGCAAACUAAAGAAGGCUCUAUAUGGGUUAAAGCAAGCGCUACAAGCAUGGUACGGUAAGAUCGCUGAAUUCUUGAUUCAGUGUGGAUAUUCUGUUGCACCAGCAGACUCGAACCUCUUUAUCAAGAAACGAGAAAGAAAACUAGCAAUAAUGCUAGUAUAUGUUGAUGAUAUCAUCAUCACUGGAGAUGAUGAAGAAGAAAUACAACAAACAAGAAAGAAUUUAUUGGUGAGAUUCCAAAUGGAAGAACUUGGAGAAUUUAAGCACUUUUUGGGGCUUAAGCUAAAAGAAAAAAACGACGGUCUUUUAUUGUGUCAGUCACAAUAUGCUAAAGAUUUAUUGAAGAAAUUCAGCAUGACUGAGUACAAGCCUUUAUCAACUCCAGUUGAAGCAAACGCCAAGAUAUGUGCUCAAGAUGAAAAAGACUUGGAGGAUGCAACUAUGUACAGGCAGCUGGUUGGAAGCCUAAUCUACCUAACCCUAACACGGCCAGGCAUUUCAUAUGCAGUGGGAUUGCGAAUCGAUUCAUGGAGAAACCAAAGAAGCCACACCUCGAGUUAG